CACUAAGCAGCUCAGAUGGCUGGUUUAUGUGACACUAGGCACUUUUGAUUUACAAACCACAAUCAACAGUCACAUACAGUUUUUUUUAAAGCCCUUUCCCUCUCCAAAUGUUCUUCUGGAUGAUGUGUUGAAAUGCUCAUCCAAAUUCUACAGAGACUGAGGUCAUGGAGAUUGUGGGAUCACCAAUUGGAAGAUGAAACUAUAGAGCUCCUGCAGUACAGAAGGAUACAAGAGUUGCCUCUACUUCUGGCAGCAAAAGAAAACAAUGUUACACGAUUAAAGGAACUUCUUGAAGAUGGCAAAUGGCACCAGAAUGAAAGAGGAGCUGUGGGUGAAACAUCGCUGCAUGUGGCUGUCCAACACAAUAGCCUGGAAGCAGUACAAGUUCUAUUAGAAGAAGCACCAGAGCUAAUUAACCAGCCAAUGACCUCUGAUUUCUAUCAAGGACAGACAGCUCUACACAUUGCAACUGUAAAUGAGAACAUAAACCUGGUCCAGAUGUUGAUAGAGAAAGGGGCUGAUGUUGGUUCACCUCGUGCUACUGGAACAUUUUUUGCACUAAGUCCCAAGAACAUUUUUUACUUUGGGGAACAUAUUUUAACCUUUGCUGCAUGUGUGGGGAACGCUGACAUUGUCAAGUUACUUCUAGACCAUGGAGGAAAUCUACGGGCUCAGGAUCGUUGGGGUAACACUGUCCUGCACAUUCUUGCUCUCCAGCCUAAUGCAGCCAUGUGCUGCCAGAUGCUUGACUUUCUGCUAUCCAACGACGUCAGGCCAGUUGGACGACCUUUGGAAGAGAUUCCCAACAAACAGGGACUCACACCAAUGAAGUUAGCUGCCACUGAAGGGAAUGUGAUUAUGUUUCAGCACUUGGUACAGAAGAAGAGGAAGGCCCAGUGGAAUUUUGGUCCUGUUACAUCCAUUUUUUAUGACUUGACAGAACUUGACUCACUUGAUAAGGAGCAAUCUGUUCUGGAGCUAAUCGUAUCCUCAAACAAAAGUAAGGCUCUCAAAAUAUUGAACUUGAUGCCAGUUAAACACCUGUUGAAAAAGAAAUGGCGCAGAAGUGGCCGUCCAUAUUUCUGGUUCCUGGCAAUUGUCUACGUGCUGUAUAUGAUCUGUGUUUCUCUUUGCUGUGUCUAUCGACCACUUAAACCAAGAGAACCUUCACCUGAUAAUUUGACAAACCCCCGAGACAUCACGUUGUAUGUACAGAAAACAUUUGAGGAAUCUUACCUCACCCGGGACGAUCAUCUUCGAAUGUGUGGCGAGAUUGUAUCUGUUAUCGGGGCAUUUGUACUUCUUCUGCUAGAGAUCUCUCAGGUACUGAGUCGUGGAAUGCGGUGCUAUUUCAGUUACCUGUGGGCAGAGCCUUUCUGGAUUGCCAGAUUUUGUUUUUCUUCGAUGAUCCUGGUGAUUCUGGUUCUAAGAGUCACUAGCACUGAUGGAGAGGCGAUCCCAAUGUCCAUAGCUCUAGUGGUUGGAUGGUGUCAUGCCAUGUAUUUUGCACGUGGAUUCAAGAUGCUUGGACCUUUCACAAUUAUUAUUCAGAAGAUGGCAUCAACUAAUCUCCUGACAUUUUGUUGGCUCAUGGCAAUGGUUGUAUUUGGGUAUAGCACAGCUCUCUUUAUUGUUUGUCAGACAAUAAAUCAAUCAGAUUGGGGAGUUUUCUAUCCCUAUACCCAGUCUCUGAUUAGUACCUACCAACUUUUCCUCAAUAUCCUCAAUGGACCUGCCAACUAUGAUGUUGACAUCCCCGAGAUGUACAGCUUCCUCUAUGCCUCCUUCUGUGUGAUUGCAUUCCUUCUCAUGUUUAACCUGCUCAUUGCUGUGAUGGGAGAUACACAGUCUGCCAUGGCUAAGAAAAAGGAGUUAUGGAAGGCACAGAUCACCGACAUUACAUUAAUGAUGGAAAGGAAACUUCCGAAACACUUGUGGCUAAACUCACAAUUAUAUGAGCAUGACUUGGGCAGAAAAAGAUACCUCAGUUUGGUGGAGAGUAAGUGGCACCCUCUCCCAUAUUUAGAUGGAAGUGAAUCUAGUGACGAAUCAGAUGAUGAUUUCGCAGAGUCCCUAAGAGAAGAGGACAUUAGUAUGGGCCCCUGAGCUGUAAAUAUUGGGAGUUAUCAGAUACCAGCUGGCACAAUGGAGACUUGGAGUGAUGGGCAAUCUAAUAUAACAUCUGUGAAGGAGAAAUUUUAGAUAUGGAUUGUUCCUGUGUUUUUGUUUUUUUUUCUAUCUUCUUUAACCAGAUUGUUUAACUGUGUUGUGUAAUCAGUGCUCUCCUUGAGGACAUACAAGGGAUCAGGCUAUCAGCCAUAUAGUUUAGAAAGUAUUUUAAAAAACAAAUUGGUGUUUGCACUGGAACAUAAUGUUUUUAAAGUGUUGAUGACACUGUGAAGGUGAAUCGCCCAACCCCAUAGCUAGUUGAAAGUUAUUUAAAUGAAAGUUAGCUACUGGUUGUGUAUAUUUUGGGAGAAAAAGAGAAUGGAUUAUAUUAUACAAUUUACUUUGUGUGCCUGAUUUACAAUGUUGCCAUAGGUGCAGUCUCUGAAAUGGCACAUGUGUGCAUACUGAAUUUUUCUGCAUAUACCCAGUGUAUUUGUGCGAAUCCAAACACACGAGUGCACCCAGAAUGUCAAGAUGCAUUGACAUCACCAAAGACACAGAAUUGCUGUAGUGACAAUUACUUUAUCUGCACUGCUCACCCCAGUAAAUGUUUCAGUAGUGUUUACUUGUGUAAGAGAACAAGAUAAAUGACAUCUGUUCUAACAGGACCCAUGUGAAGUUAAAACUUCAUUAAUACAACCUGUAUAAUAGAGAGCCUUUGGUCAGGCGGAUUAUUUGGAAUCUGAAAUAAUACAAAAGAAAGGUAUGUGCAGCUACUCCCAAAUAAUAGAAAAAAAGAAAGUAUUAUUUUGUUGACGAAACAAAUGAAAAUGAGUACGCAAAAUCUUACAAAAGCAAGAAGAAAUAAAUAUACUUACUCCAUCACGGAAGUAAACGCGCUCCAAGUUCUAGGUGCUGGCAGCAAUGUUCCUCCUGUUCUGAAAAUUCUUACAAAAUAGCAGUACCACACUAAAAAAAAACUUAUUGGAAUAAAAAAUAUAUAUGUAUUGUGAGAACGAGUAUCGUUUAGUGCAGAUUUAUGCCCACCAUAAAAAGAAGCAGUGAUAGGAAUUGCAGCUAGCCCAUCUCUGCACCGGGCAUCAAAAAAGAGAAGUGGAAGAGAAUAAAAAAAACAAAGUAAAAAACAACUAAAUCAAACCUAGAAGUGAACGCGUUUCACGUCACUACUGGAUGCUUUAGCUACAUCUUUAUUGAUGCCCGGAGCUUUGUUGGCUACAACUCCUAUCAGUGCUGCUUAUUAUAGUGGUCAUGCUAUUUUCAUAAUAUUAGAAUAAAUCUGCACUACAAGGAUACUCGUUCUCUGAUAUCUUUACUUUUAUUCCAUUAGGUUUUCGGAGUGUGGUAGUGGUCUUCAGGCACAAGCCAUUUUUCAGUCAGUCUGUUUAGAACACAAACAAAUUACAUAGUUCAGCAGUUUAUGAGAUUUGGCAAUAGCAUCCAGGAAGUUAAAACAUGGUAUCCCUUUACACAAACUAAACAGUAUGAUAAUAGUACUCAUACAUGUCUUCAAGGAGAACUGUCACUGCCCAGGAUUUUUACAUUCAUGUUUACUCAUCCCCUAUAUUUAACAAAUAUGUGUUUAUGAGCUUGUAAAAUAAAAAUAAAUAUUAGAAAUCCU